GUCCACUCCCCCCCACCUGCCCCCCUCCCCGUGCUGCCUAAGCUGCGAGCGCUCAUAGUCGGGUCGUACCCUCACACCUCGCGCUUCCUCUCCGCCCUCUCCCUCUUCCCCUCCCUCUCCUCCCUCCGCAUCCUCAACCUCUCCAUGCACAACUACCACUCCGCCCUUUCCUGCCCUCCCUCACUCAAAUGCCUCCAAAUUUGCCACUCCGACACUCCUCUCCUCCCCGACUCCCUCCGCCUCUUCUCCUCCCUCACUCGCCUCGACCUCUUCCAGUGUGUGCCGCUCCGCGCCCUCCCCUCCUUCCUCUCCGCCUUCUCCUCCCUCGCCCACUUCUCCUUCGACCAUGACUAUUAUCACCCAGUGGUUGUGCCCAUGGGCCUUGAAGGGUACCUCCAGGGGAAGAGGUGGGCGCAAGAGAAGGAGGAGGGAGAGUGGAGGGAGUGGGGUGGGAUGGAGAAGCAAGAGAGGAGAUGGAGGAGGGAGUGGAUGGGGGCAAAGGAGAGGAGGAGGAUUCGGUUUCAGAGUGUGUUUAAGGAGUCAUCGUUGAGUGAGGCGCAGAAGGAGGAGCAGAGGGAGUGGUGGAUUCAGGUGGGGAAAGAGGAGGAGGAGGAGGGAGGGUACCAGUCGUUGCAUCAGGGUGCAAGAGGAGAGGAGGAUGACAAGCAGCAGCAGCAGCAGCAGCAGCAGCAGCAGGCGGAGCAGGGGGCGAAGUUGGUGCGAGGGGCACAGAAGGUGGAUCUGAGAGCCAUAACGACGAAGCAGCAUGGCACGAAUCAAGACCCGCAAAACCACUCGCGGUUACCAGCAGAGGAGCUGCAGCAUGGGCGGCAUGACAGCAGCAGCAUGAGCAGCAGAAGCGCUAACACCAGCUCCAGCACCAGCACUACCAACAAUGGCAAGCCGCCGCCGCAGUUAUCAGCAGAGGUGCUACAGGCCGUGCUGCAGCGGCUGCAGGGGCCUAUGGAGGAGGCACGAGUGAGCGGUGUGUGCCGCGAGUGGCGCCGCUGGUACCGCCUCCACACCUCUUGCUUCGCCUUUGCCCUCCACCCCCUCUUGCUGUCCUGGGUUCCCCUCGCCCUGCUCCAACCCCCUCCUUCCUCCCCCUCCUCCUCGUCCUCCUCCUCCUCCACCUCCUCCUCCUUCUCUCUUAAUCUAGUCUGCAGAAGCGGCAGCAGGAGGCGCGAGCACGGGAUGACAAGUCUCAACGGUCCGCCCCUUUUCUCCUCCCCAUGGCACCCCGCUGACUCCCCCUUCUGGGUCAUCCACUCCCCCCCCUCCACCCGCUCCUUCUCCCUGCUCCCCUCCUCCUCCGCUCCCUUCACCAUCCCCCCUCCCAUCGCCCCCUGCUCCCUCUCCACCUGCUUCACACACCUGCUGCACAGGUGGCGUCCUUUGUCCCCCAUCUGGUUCUCCCCCGUCUGGUUCGCCUCGCUCCCCUCGCCCGCCUCCCUCGCCCGGACCAUUGCCCUCUACCCCAGCCUCUCUGCACUCGUCCUGCCCUUAGUCUCCACCGCUGCCCGCCCCCUCCGCCCCUCCCACGUGCGCCCUCUCCUCUCCGCUGCCGCCGCUCAGCCCGCCCUCUCCUCGCUGUCCGUGCUGCUGGAGGACGGGUAUAGGGACUACUGGGAGCGGGGGAGAGGGAGAGGGAGAUGAGGCGAUGGUGGGGCGAGGCGAACGGGGAGGUGGAGAGAGGGCUGUUUGCGGUGGUGAAGAGGUGCCGGGGACUGCAGCAGCUGCAUGUGCAGGGGGAGAAUCUCGCCAACAGACUAAAACUCCCUGCCAACCUCUUCCACCGCUGCCCGCAACUCACUGCUCUCUCCCUCCCCCUCUCCCGCCUCCCCGCCU